AGUCUCUUGACCGCCCACCGCUUCAAGGAUUAUAGUGGAACCCUUUUUUAUCCAUGGAAUUGGCCAUGCCAUGCCUUUGGAAUUCUUCCAACUCCAAUGCAUGCAAUCUAUUGAGCCAAGAAUACUUGGGAACCCGCGAGCUUUGUUCAUCUUCAAUAGCCUUGCGACGUCUUCUUCAUUGGGAGUUCUCAAGUACUCCGGACCAAACACUUGCACAAUUCCAACUGCGAAGCGCUUGACACACAUGAUGGCUUGGCUCUCACCCAUGGCCAAGCGAUUAUCAACUAGAUCAGUGGGGAUACCGCAUGCCAACAUACGCAAAGCGGUUGUCACCUUCUAAAAGGUGCUAUGCCUGAGCUCUCCGGCUGCAUUCCUCCUCUGCUGAAAAACCCGGUCAUGGCUCGCUAAUUUCUUUGCAAUGCGCUGAAUAACUCGGUGCUCAUCCUAAACCGGCGAUGAAAGUACGACUCUGGGUAUGUGGGAUUCUCCACAAAAUAGUGCCUCAUCAAUCUAUUGUGGGCAUCAAUCAUAUCCCUCCAAAUUUUUUGCCGACCCAUAACCGAACCACCAUGCUUCGGUUUUUUAUUGAUGUGCAUAGCUAGGAUCAUUGCAAGAUCCUCCUCCUCUUCCAUAUCAAAUUCUUCUUCGGAAGAAUCAUAUGACGAACUCAUAUAAAAUGUUCAAAACUAGGCUAUAAACAACAUGCACCAAAUUUCAUGCAAAAAUGUGAAAGUUGGAAGCAAUACAUACCUUGCGGGCCUUUUGUCGAACACCUUGCGGGCGCCAAGCGGCGGUGGGCGGACGGACGCUGUUCGUCGGAGACUGCCGCGCGCGACGGGAGGCACUGACUAGAGAGAGAGGGAGGAAGUCGCGGCCGCGCGGGAAGAGACCGGGGAAGUGCCGGAACGGUCGCCGGAAAAAUGGGGUGGCGCGGGCGGCGGCGGCGGCGGCGCGGUUGGAUGGGUAGGUGGAGUUGCGCGCGAGCGCUCGAGAGUCAAGCGCGCGGGAGCGGGCGCAACAAAUAAACGUCGCGCGAUGGCGUUUCCGCUCGCGCGCUGAAUUACAUAUGCCGCGUGUGCGGUUUUUGCCCGUCCGCUGAAGCGCCGAGAACGGUAGCGCGCGCUAAAACCACUACUUUUUCCGCGCGGCGCGUUUAUAGCGCGGCUGUUGGAGAUGCUCUUAGUUAUUAGUUGCUCUCUUGAAAAGGAGAAGAAGUCGCCUUGCUUGACGUGAAGAAGAAAAUGAUCCGGUCCACCGGUCCACCAACGCUUUUUUUUAGACAAUCCAGCCUAGUAGCUUUUUUUAGGGAAGGCUUUACGGCUAGCUUUAUUAACUUUUUAAAUAAUGCUUACAUCAUCCGCAAGUAAAUCUAAGAUAAAGCCAGGUGGGACGUCCAACCACAAAGACGGUGGAUCAUCCCGACCAUGCUGAGCUAGCGUAUGAGCUACCGUGUUUGAUUCUCUGUUACAAAAUUCAAAAAGAACCUUUCCGAAAUCUGUGCAUAUUUGCCGACAUUCAUCCAGUAUAGGGUCAGCCACCAUAGAAUGACCAGUAUUGUUCGCCAUUGCAUCCACAAUUGUGAUGUUAUCCGCCCGGGCGACGAUGGAGUUUGCUCCCACCGACCGAGCUAGCUUCAAACCCUUAAGAAGAGCUGCCGCCUCCGCUGAUUCAACGUCACCGACAUGCUCCAAUUUCACCGUGGAGGCCGUAAUAAAGAAACCAGCGCCGUCACGGAUAACUGCACCACAUGAUCCAGAGUAACUGUCUUCUAUGAAAGAAGCAUCUGUAUUCGGAACUAGCUGGCCAAACAAAGGUCUCUUCCAGAUAUUAGUCCUUGUGUUAACUGCCUUUUGUGUUGCUGCUCGAACAACGUUUAGGGCAACAGCUCGUAUCCGGCCUAGUAGCUACACGGCGGGGAAAAAGCAUCAGGCAAGACGGACGGUGCACUGGCUAUGAGCAUUAUAUAGGUUUUGCGCGAUUUAGGAGAGGCGAAGCCAUCAUAUCCUGGGCCUAGCAGGCCCAUCUCCCUUCCGCAAUGCAUUUUGGCUUGAGCAACAAAAAAAAAACUCCACCGGUAAAUCAAAAAACUCAUCGUCGAUCAGAUGGCGAUGCCGCAGAAGAGGCGCCGCCGCCGGAGGAGUCCUCUUCAGGAAGGAGUGUCCCGCCGGCGCCCUGGUGAAGAUGGCGCAUCGUUGUCUGGAUCCCUUGUCGAUUCGGAUAGCAGCAGCAGCCGUUUGGACGGAGGCUCUCCGCCGCCCGGACUCCCCGACGAGCCUGUUACAUCCUCAACAGAGUCAAGGUACCAUGAAAUCAUCGCCUCGCGCCUCGCCCAGUUGCAAUUACCAGUCGGCGACGACGGCUCGGAUAUGGCCGGUUUCUCAAAUCUCCCUUCCAUUGAAAUCCUCGAAGUCCUUGCUCGUAAAUCUUUCCACGAUGACUAUUCGCGAGCUGCUCUGCUAGAAUACCAAUGCCAGAAGUUCUUGAACGAGACCCAGGGACGAAAUACAGAUUCUGGAGAAUCUGAGUCGGCCAUUGUUGAUACGGGUUCCACUUACACUGAACCCGGCGAUGUUAUCACGGAGGUGGAACACAUGAGAGACUGUGAACUACUAGGGGCUGCCAUGGAUGAAAUUGACACUUGGACCAAACUGGACCAAGAGCAGGCCAACAAGCUCCAUCUCAAGUAUGCACUCUAUCGCAUCAAAGCUUGCCUGCUGUUGAAAGGAAAGCCGGUUGUCGAGCUGGAUGAUGAUGUUGCAUUGGAACGCAAGUACCCUCCAGAGCUUAUCGUGAAGAACAAGUACUUUUUUCACUAUGAGGAUGACCUCUUUGGUUGGUAUUUUGAUGCCGAACUCUGUUACAAAGCGUCCUUGAGCGACUACCAGCGGCUAGUCCUUUUAAAUGAUGGUGAUGAGUAUUCGAGUUGGAGAAGAUACCAAACAUUUUAUAGCACCCCUGAAGCUGAUAGAGAUUAUCUCAGCUACUGGGAAACAAUUGCGAAGGAACUUAAAUGGCUUGAGCAGUAUCUGCUGACAAACGAGUCUUCUAUCGAGUGGGCGCAUAAACAUUCAAAGGCUACGUUCCAAGCAAUUAGGAUCGCUUCUAAGUUUCCCUGCAUGACCCUGAAACUUGCAGCUGUUGGUUUACAUGAGUAUAUAUGGAAUGCGCGCAUACAUCUCAUGUUUGUGAAAGAUCUUGAUGGUAUCUUGUAUAAUAUUUGGAGGCGGCUCAAUGCGGAUCAUCAGCUGCGUUUCAGAGAUGCUCUCAAGCAAGUUUAUGAGGCUAACUUGUUUCCAGCACACGACCGCAGUAUGAAGUAUGAGCUGGAGUACGGCGAUUCCAAAAUGGACCUAGUAUUUGUUAAGUGCACGACGGGCCUUAGUGACGGUGUUCCAGAAGAUAGAGCCCGUGAGCUGAUUAAACAGGAAAUUCGCUGGACGCGUGAGUCGUCAGGAACGUAUGAGCGGUACGCCAGGAAGAAGCUCAAGAUUGCAGAACUGAUAGGAUUAAUUCCCAAGGACAAGAUAGCAACUGCGUAGUUGCGUUUGUUAAGAUAGCAGAUGUGUAGUUGUGUUGGUAAUGUCUUGGCGCUGGUUCCAUAAAGACCCCAGGCUGCAUUAUUCCUAGCAACGCCUGUUAGGUACCUUAUGUAUGGGGAAAAAAUCAGAUCUUGAAUUGACUAGCUAUUGUAUGGAAGAAAUUCAUCUUGAAUUGAAUAGUUGUGUCUUGCAUUUA